AUGGUGACUUUUAUGUGUUAUCACUGUGAUCGUACUUUAACUAAACCCUAAGUCGACAAACACGUCAAAACCCAAUGCAGAAAACCUCCUUCCCUAAUCUGUAUUGAUUGCAAGAAGAUGUUCAGUGAUAAUCACGUUGAGCACGUAUCCUGUUUGACCGAAAAACAAUUGUAUUGGGGACCUUAUGCUAAUGGUAAAAAACCUCAAUAGUAACAGUAAAAUACAUAGAAGGCAGAGCAGAACAACUAAAAAUAGAAGGAAAUAGAAAAUUCUAAGGAAAUUGAAGCACCAAAAACUGAAUGGAAAGGAUGGAAAAAAUCCAUUGAUUCAUAUAUCAAAUCAAAUUAGUUGGAAGAAGUAAGAAUGAACGAAGUAAAGGAGAAUUUAGUUUCAUAAUUCUUAUCAAUUUAUCCAGAAUAUGAAAGAGAGUAGGCUGAACAAUUAUUUGAUGAAGCAAUUAAAAAAAGCAAUAAAUAUUAAGUUGAAUAUGUCGGGUUCAUUGUUAAAAAAGUAAAAUAGGAAUGAAAUAUAAUGUUUAUAUUUGUAUUAUAAGAAUACCUUAAUAGAUUAAUCC